GUGGGGGGAGCCAUGGGCGUCCAGCUCAUAUUCGAUGCGGAGGGAGUGGUGUUGGCAGGAGGCAGGUGAAGUCACGUGCGAUUGCGUGCAAACUAGCGAGAUGACGACAUGCCAUCUACGCUGAACCCCAGGAAAUGCAGGAAUCGCUGUGCAGGGCAUUGUUGGAGCCAUGGGGAACACUGCGGCGCAGCAUGUAUAACCAUGGGAGGAGAGAAGAAGGUGGACGAGAGGGUGGAGAGCAGAUGGAGGUCGGUAGCGACUUAGAGAAAAUGAGGCGAGAGAGUAUACCUACUGUGAAGGGCCUCGGAGCUCACAGGCACACUGUGCGACGCGAAGCCUGGGCCAAAAUUGAUGCCGAAAUGCUCGUGCUGCGGCGAGAUUGCAGGCGGUGCAUGAUGCAGUUCGCCGGGAUGGGAAUACCAGUCGGCGCCCUCCAGCAGGUUGGGAUCCAUGGCGGUGACGGGGCUGAAUACUGGUUCAAGUCCAGACAAACUCGGAUUUGCAGAUGUAGCGAUGAAGGUCGGCGCUCCAGACUCUUGAUGUGCAGAACGCGACAUUACUCUCCAUCAGCGAUCAAGGGAGGAUCCGUGUAUGGCAGUCGAGGCGGAGGUAGUCGUGGUUGGGAGGUAGAGUGGUGCGGGUGAAGGUGCAGGCGAGGUUGGGAGAUGUGAGACGUCGUGUUGCAUGGAGGGAGGAACCCGCAACCUAUAAGAACCCCGUCCCUACAUCGUGACCCCAAACGUUCAGCCCGCGUUUUUCUUCCCCACUCCGCUAGAUUCUAUGUACUCG